UUACCAUUGUUAGACCUCAGUUAAACCAAAAACCCUCGCAAAACCCCCCCGAAAGAAACAGAGACCAAAAUAACAAGCUCGAGAGCUCGAGCGCUUGCUACAAUGGCGGCGAAGAAACAAGAGAAGAAGAGAAAGCAAAAUUCAGAUGCGAAGAACGUCACCGAUAGUUUACCUUCUAAAAAGCCGAAGCUUAACGAGAAAUUUAAAAAACCUUUCGACCCUUCUAAAAAGCUAAAUGAUAAAUCAAAAUUAGGUCAAUCGAAAUCUGGAAAUGACAAAAAUGCGCCUGAGACAAAGCGAGAGCGUCGAAUUCGUGCUAAGGAAUUGGCAGAGGCUAGAAAGAAGAAAAGAAAGCGGCAUUACACACUGGAGCAAGAGCUUGCAUCUCUCUGGGAGAAGAUGAGGCAGCGGAAUAUUUCUAAAGAAGAUAGAUCAAAAUAUAUAAGCGAAGCUUUACAAAAGAUGAAGGGAAAGAUUCCAGAAAUUGCUAGCUCCCAUGUUUCUUCUCGUGUAUUGCAGACCUGUGUUAAGUAUUGCUCGCAGACAGAAAGGGAUGCUGUGUUUGAAGAGCUUAAGCCACAUUUUCUUACUUUCUCAUGCAACACUUAUGCAGUUCAUCUGGUCAAGAAAAUGUUAGAUAAUGCUUCUAAAAAACAACUGGCAGAAUUUAUCUCCAGUCUCCGAGGGCAUGUUGCAUCACUUCUUCGACACAUGGUUGGAUCUGUUGUUAUUGAGCAUGCCUACCAACUUGGAAAUGCAACCCAAAAACAAGAGCUCCUGCUGGAGCUAUACUCGGCCGAGCUUCAGUUGUUCAAGGACCUUACCUUGAUGAAAGAGAGCAGAUUGCUUGAUGUAGUCUCCAAGUUGAAGCUGCAGAAGGCUUCAGUCUUGCGACACAUGACUUCUGUGAUUCAACCAAUUCUUGAAAAAGGGAUUGUUGAUCACUCUAUCAUACACAGGGUGCUAAUAGAGUAUCUCAGCAUGGCUGAUAAGUCCUCUGCAGCAGAAGUAAUUCAGCAACUGUCAGGUCCACUUCUUGUUCGAAUGAUCCAUACAAGGGAUGGAUCAAGGAUUGGUAUACUGUGUGUUAAAUAUGGGAGUGCCAAGGAAAGAAAGAAGAUUGUCAAGGGAAUGAAAGGUCAUAUAGGCAAGAUAGCUCAUGAUCGAUAUGGCAGCUUGGUACUUGCCUGCAUUGUUUCAACUGUUGAUGACACAAAGCUUAUAACAAAGAUUAUCAUUCGCGAGCUUCAAGCAGUGUUGAAGGAUCUUAUGUUGGACAAGAUUGGGAGGUGCCCGUUACUGCAGCUUCUUCAUCCAAAUUGCUCACGCUAUUUCAGCCCUGAUGAUAUGGCUGCUUUCAGUCUAUCUAUCUUGUCUCUCAGUGCCAAGAGUGAGUUGGAAGUAAAGUCUGAGACAAAGUCUUUAAACGACGAAGCAUCUAGCGAUGAGGCGGAUGCUAUUGCCAAAAUUACAACGGCUGGGGCCAAUGAAAGUGCAAGUUCUGAGAAUGCCGACUUCAUUGAGGGUGGAAAGAAAGAUCCAUCUAUAAGAAGACAUGAGCUGUUGGUUGGGAGCGGCCUCGCUGAGAAUCUUAUUGAUGUAUGUAUAGAGAAUGCAGGAGAGUUGCUCAGAUCAAAUUUUGGCAAAGAAGUCUUAUAUGAGGUUGCAACUGGGGGUGCUGGCGGCAUUCUCCAUUCAGGUCUGGAUGACAAGUUGAACACCUUGCAUGAAGCUAUAGCUUCUCUUGCAGCAGAGCCUAAAUCUGAAGAAUCUGAACAGGAACAUGUCCUUGAAAAUUUCUAUUCCAGUCGAACCAUUAGAAAAUUAAUCAUGGAUAGCUCAACCUUUGCUGCUACUUUAUGGAUGAAAGCCCUGAAAGGAAGAUGUGAAUUGUGGGCCCAAGGUCACAGUUCAAAGGUAAUAUACGCAUUCUUGGAAUCCUCAGAUGCCAAAAUCUCUAAACUAGUCAGCAAAGAGCUGCAGCCAUUGAUAGAUAGUGGUAUCCUCAAAGUUCCUGAACACAAGAAACCAGGAAAAGAAGGGUAAAGCUGGCUGCACUUUCGCAGAAUCUGUGACAUUAUUUUCUUCAAAGAGACGGGCUUAGCAUCUCUGAAUGUCCGUGGCAUUACUUUCUCUUAAAUAUGGGCAUAGCAUCUGGAAAUCACCGGUUGAAUUGCAUUCAAUCUUUGCCAAGAAUGAAAUCGAGAAAUUUAUUGAAAUAUAAGAAAAUGAUAGAUCAAAGUUCUUGGAGCUGAAAUGAGGUUUACAGCUAAAGUGAUGUAUGGUGGACCUGACAAACUGCAAGAAUGAGACCGUACAAAGUUUUGCAACAUUUUUGUACCAGAAAAUUUCUUAUUAUAGUUUGUUUUUGUUAGUAAUAUUCUCUUGCAAUGCAGUGGAACUACAACUUUUUGUUUCUUCUUAAACAUUUGAUAUUGUCCUAUUUAUAAGGGUAUAAAAGCAUCUGAACAAUAUUUGGCUC